AUGUCCGUCGCCGAAAUGCACGAGUUCUUUCACAAGGGUAUUGCGGCAGGGAAAGUCCGACUCUCCCUGCCAGAUCAUGCCUCCGGUUACCUUGUAUGCCUAAGCAUUCUCACUCUAUUUUACUCUGCCUUUAUUCUUCUCAAGUCUUGGCAAAGAAAAGACCCCUUCAGAGUGCCAUACACUCUGCCGAUUCUGAAGAAUACGAUACCAUUUGUCUUCGACGGCCUCAACUUCCUACGAGAUGCCAAGGCUCGAUUGCCUUAUGGCUCUACCAUGGUCGUUCCCAUCUUUCGCGAGGACAUCUACCUCGUGCAAGGUCCCAAGAAUGUCGCGGAGAUGUUCCAUAGCCCUCAGCUCACCAUCACCCGAUCGUGGAGCCUUGUCUUGAGGCAAUGCUUCGGGAUGAAGCAGAGGGCAGUAGAUGCGUAUCUAGCCGAUACAUCGGGGACUAGGGAGAAGCCCAUCCCGGGCAGCAAUCCCCGUCCCCAGGAUCGUCUCAGCCACAUGACCCAUAAGAACCUCACCGCGGGACUGCUCCAGAACAGCAGCCUCGGCCCCGCCACGGAUCGAUACAGGGAGCAUCUGGAGCAGUCGCUGGAUGAGAUGGGCAUCGGACACGACUGGGCGUAUAUGCCCGACAUGACAGAAUUUCUCCAGACGCACAUCGGGUCGUCGCUGAUCCGCACGCUGUUCGGAGAGAGGCUGCUCAGCCAGAACCCGGACUUCAUUAGCGAUUUGUGGGAGUACGAUGAGCACGUCAUGAGCCUGGCCCAGAGGUACCCACGAAUAUGGAUUCCCAAGACGUACAGCAUCAGGGACAGACUACUUGCCGCUGUCAAGAAGUGGCACGCAGAAGCAGUCAAGAACGACGAGGUCAGCGAGUUCGACGACGGAAAGCUGACGGAUUCUUGGUGGGGAACCAAGAUGAUGAAGGAGCGGUACCGACUUCUGCUCGGCGGCACGGGCCAAGAUGAAGACUCAGUUGCUUCCACGAAUCUUGCCUUCAUCUGGUCAUCUGUCACCACUGUCGUCCCUUCAUCCGCAACCAUGGUCACCAAGCUGUUCUCCUCUGAGGCCGAGCCACUCCUCUCAUCCCUGCGCACAUCUCUGUCUCGUCUCCCCCCUUCACCGACCGUCAAGGAGCUGGAGUCCGUCCCUCUCCUCGUCUCGGCGUAUGCGGAGACGCUGCGCUACGGCAUCCAUAUUCACGUCCCGCGCAGCGCCCCCCAUCAUGAGCUGCAGGUGCAGGGUGUCACCAUUCCGAAAAACUCCCUGAUCCUGCUCAACACGCAGCUAGCACAUACUGACGAGGAGGUCUGGGACAAUCACGACGGUAGGCAUCCUCUGGAUCAAUGGUGCCCAGAGAGGUUCCUCGUGGACCCCAAGGAUCCCUCGAGUGGCCCUACAAGGACCAAGACGGCGGUCGCGGCUGAGAAGGCCGAGAAGGCUGAGGGCGGUCCAUACUUCUCCUCCGAAGGCCUUGAAGGAGCCUGGUUUCCUUAUGGAGGUGGCCAGCAUGCCUGCCCUGGCCGUCUGCUUGCCAAGCGCAUCAUGCUGCUGACAUCUGCCAUGCUCAUCUCAAACUUCGACAUCGAAAUUCGAGCAGGCAAGGAGGCACUGGAAUUUGGCUCGCCGCGCUUCGGAUUUGGCGUGAGCAAGCCUUCUGGCCCGGUGCCGUUCAGAAUCCGGCGGAGAAAUCAUGUGUGCAAGGCCGAGUGCGCCUAUUUCAUCGACACCUAA